AUGGUGGUGGCUCAUGAAAUUGGACAUGCUCUCGGUAUAUCCAACAGUGCUACUCCAGAUGCUAUCAUGUAUGAGAUGUAUCAGCAAAAGAUUUGUGCCCUACAUGUUGAUGAUAUAAAUGCAGUACAAUAUCUUUAUGGAAGGAAAAAUAAAUAUGUUCCAAUCCCAAAUUGCCAAGGCAGAGUUCCUCUAGUCAUAAAAUAG